AGAGUAGUAAUUGGUCAAUGGUGUAAUAAAGUUGAUGUUGCUAUUAAAAUGAUAAAGGAAGAUGCAAUGAAUGAAGAUGAUUUCAUUGAAGAAGCAAUAUUGAUGAUAAAAUUCCAACAUGAUAAUUUAGUAAAGUUAUAUGGAGUGUGUAUCAGACAAGGACCUGUUUAUAUCAUCACUGAAUUAAUGGCUAAUGGUUCUCUACUCCAGUAUCUUCGUAAUAAUCAACAUUUAGUAGAUAAUACAGACAUAAUACUUGACAUGGCUAUACAGAUUUGUGCUGCUAUGAAGUUUUUUGAACAGUCUGGUUUUAUACACAGAAAUUUGGUAGGUGAAUAA